GGUCUGGCCGAGGCCAUUGAGCUGCUGCAUGGGAAAGCCAACAACAAGAACUGCCGCCAUGGGGACUUGAAACCGGAGAACAUUCUAGUAUUCGAGUCUUCCGCGGCCAAGAGCCUCGGUGAUCAGACUUCGUGCGUUUUAGUCAUCUCUGACAUGGGAGUCUCGAAAACGCAUGACCUUUCAACGCAAGAGCGUCGAAAGGCGACCACCAUACAAGCAGCAUAUACUCAAACGUACCGGGCGCCGGAGACAGUGUUGUUCGCAAAUCAGCCAACAACACGCCGCUACGAUAUAUGGUCGUUUGGCUGCCUCUGUUUGGAGUUUCUGAUAUGGCUGCUGUACGGAAGCGAUGAGCUGAAGCAGUUUCGCGACGAGAUCAUGGCUAGUCCCGACGGAAGCUUCUUUGUGGUCCCCCGGAAGGAAAUGGCAGUGGCCGAGGUCAGCCGCGAAGUGAAGAAGUGGGUCCAGAAGCUGGAGCUUGACAGCAAAUGCUCUGUGCCAAGUUUGAGCAGCACCGCGGUUGGCCGGUUACUGACCCUUAUCGAGGACCGUCUGCUC